CUGGGGCAAUGGAUGAGCGCCGUUUAAUACUGGGUUGCUUAAGACCCUUUAAAAGCUCUCUCGAGACCGACGGUUUACUAGCCUACUGCACGCGCGAGGGGCAUGGUAGUUGUAUUUCAUAUCGUGUUUCUUGGUUUUAAUAUUUCCGUGCGUCCUUCCAUUUCUCUCCUCCUUUAUAUUUUCGUGGAACGAAGUUGUGCAGCGCUACGUGCCAGUUGGAUCAACUGUUAGGAAACAACUUUGUUCUCGGUACGUCAAUUUUUAUAUAGUGGACUUCUGCGGCCAUCGCUGCUGGGGAUUUUAAGAAUGACGUCUGUGGAGUCGAAGACAGAGACGUGGAAGGGAACCGAAGAACUCGCACAGGGGGUGGCUGAGAGCACCGUGGAACUGCUGGAGCUGCUCAGCCAUGUGCAGGGAGGGCGCAUGGACGAGCAACGCUGCCUUUUUGACCCCAAGAAGAUCCCCUGUACCCCGAAACACACGGAUGCAACAAAACCUGCCGCCGGCUCGGUUGCUAGGCCACAGGCGGUCUCCCGCGGCGAUCGGGGGGGACGGGGGCCGACUACAGCUGAGAACGAGACGGACCGCUUGUGCAGCAUGGUGUCCAGAGUUCAGGGCUCCAGGAUGGAUGAGCAGCGAUGCUCUGCACCCCAAAUCUUUCUGGCCCCUGGAUCCCCUCCCGCUCCCAGGAAGGCUCACUCCAGGCCUGCUUCCCCUACAGCGACCCCCUCCAGCCAGCGCCCACCUGGGUCAGCCUCCCUCAGCCCCACCCCAGAUAAAGAGAGAGUUCAGAGGGAUGGCCUGCACACAGCUCAGGUAGUGGCUCCUGGUACGGUGGAGCAGGAGCAGUUUUUCUCCAUGCUCAGUCACGUGCAGAGAGGGCGUAUGGAGGAGCAACGUUGUGUUUUUGACCCGAACAAGAGGAGCGUCUGUACCCCCAAACACUCUAAUACAACAAAAUCAGGUCAGUUCCUCGCAGCUCCAAACACCGAUACCGCACACUCGGGUUAA